UGCGGAUUGAGCGAUUUUCUAGGAUCAUGGCGGAUGCUGCUUACAUCCACCUCGGCGCAGACAGGAGGCGCCACCGACGCGGAGGCGGCGGAGGUAGCAGCAGCAUGGAACCGGGGCGGGAGAGGCUGGAGGAUGACGGAGUUCGGACUCUCACUUCGGCUGAGCAGACAAAAGUAGAAGAUAUUGUGCAAGAAGUCUUUGAUGUUUACAAGACAAAUCAUCACGACUCACAGUUUGUUUUGCAGCGGGAAAAGCACUUCCACUACUUGAAGAGAGGGCUGAGACAACUGACUGAUGCCUAUGAGUGUCUGGAUGCCAGCCGCCCAUGGCUCUGCUACUGGAUCCUGCACAGUCUGGAACUGCUUGAGGAACCCAUCCCAGAGUCUGUAGCUUCAGAUGUGUGCCGUUUCCUGAGCCACUGUCAGAGCCCCAGCGGAGGCUUUGGAGGGGGGCCUGGCCAGCACCCCCAUCUGGCCCCUACCUACGCUGCCGUCAACGCACUCUGCGUUAUUGGCACGGAAGAGGCAUACGGCGUUAUCCACAGAGAGAAGCUGCUGGAGUAUUUGUAUUCGCUAAAGCAGCCUGAUGGCUCCUUCAUCAUGCACAUAGGAGGAGAAGUGGAUGUCAGGAGUGCCUAUUGUGCUGCGUCAGUAGCUUCGCUUACCAACAUUAUUACACCAACUCUUUUUGAAAGGACAGCAGAGUGGAUAGCAAGAUGUCAGAACUGGGAGGGUGGGAUUGGUGGUGUCCCUGGCAUGGAGGCUCACGGAGGGUACACGUUCUGUGGACUGGCAGCUCUGGUCAUCCUGAAGAAGGAACAUGUCUUGAAUCUCAAAAGUUUGUUGCACUGGGUUACCGGCCGCCAGAUGCGCUUUGAAGGAGGCUUUCAGGGUCGCUGCAACAAGCUGGUAGACGGCUGCUACUCCUUCUGGCAGGCCGGUUUGCUACCUCUUCUGCAUCGAGCAUUGCAUGCCAAAGGUGACCCCGCCCUCAGCAUGACACACUGGAUGUUUGACCAGCAAGCACUGCAAGAGUACAUCCUGCUAUGCUGCCAGUGCCCUGCAGGGGGCCUCUUGGACAAACCGGGCAAAUCUCGGGAUUUUUACCACACCUGCUAUUGCCUGAGUGGACUUUCGAUAGCCCAGCAUUUUGGCAGCGGAGACCUACUCCAUGAAGUUGUGCUCGGAGUGCCAGAGAACCGCCUGCAGCCUACACAUCCGGUGUACAACAUCUCCCCUGACAAAGUGGUGCAAGCGGUGAUGCACUUCCUGACAAAGCCCGUUCCUAGUGCCACGGAGGAGACUGCCACUGACUGAGAUGGGCUUUGCCGCCCUCGGUGGGCGCUGCGCAGUGCCAUCGUCCUGCCGUCCUGCAAACGGUGCUGCAAGUCGUCUUGGCCAUUGUGGAGCCCAGCCAUGGAGCUAACUUCUGAUUUUUUUCAGCCUGGGCUGAACGUUUUGUGUGUGUCUUUCAAGAGCUCUGCUAGUCAUACCAAAAACAUCUCGGUUUUCAGUACCUAAUAGGAGAAUGGUCGCAUUGGUGGCAUACAGUUUGAUGUGCUGACAGCCCUCCUUCCACACAGGAGCAGUUUAGGUUCUGAAGCAAUGCAGCAUGUGAAUAUUUUUAGCAUUUGGCAGACCAGCUCUGUUGUUUCAUUUGCACUAUGCUAAGCAUCCGAGGAAGGCAGCUUCCUAAUCAGCUGCAUACUGGCUUGGCCAGAGUGGGUGCUCUGCUCCAAUCUCCUUACAGGCAGUAUCCGCUCUGAGUACUACCAGUUAGGAGAGGAGACUUCCGGCUCAUAAAAUGAAGCAUGUUCACAAUCAGCAUGUCAGAAAAGACAAGCUGGGUGAUUUGCGUGUGCAUCCAGCUGCUGGAGCACACGAUGGAGCCUGGCCUUGAGCAGCACCCCCUCGAUGCAAAGCUCUUUGCGCUCUCCAACGUGCUGUCAGAAGACCUGUUUCUACGUUGAAAGAAAAAGGGAAGGGUGCAAGAAAAGUUCCAAAACUCUCUCCCUUGCAAUCUGGUACUAGCUUGCCCAGGGCAGAACUGACAAUGUAAUGUUUGUGCAUUUUAUUAAAAAUUAUACUAAUUCCUUUCUUA